CACAUAACCACUCCAUAGUUGACUACUGUCACUGACUAUAAAUGUAAGAAUGAAGUACAAUCUUCUAUUGUUAAUGCUCCCUUCAAAAUACACAUGUAAAAGGGGUGAUCAAAAUAUACAUUUUUGUGUUUGUUCAUUGUAAAUGAAAAUAUAUUUUUAAAAUCUUCUGUUUAGUAUAAAAAUUAAUUAAAACUGUAGAGUAUAUGAAAAGACAGUUUAAUACCUUUCAAAUUUAUUGAUUUUAUAUCCCAAAAUGUUACCUCUUUAGAAAAUUUUGGUCGAAAAGGUUGGUUACUGCAGCAGUGAUUUCUGAGCACAAGUGUUUAUGGGUAUUUACUAGUAUGAUGAUAGCGGGUUUUUAUGGUUCUGUUAAGUUGUGUACCUAUAAAAUUCGUGUAAAAACUGUGUCUAAGAAGUGAUUUAUAAUGCAGUUAUAAUUGUUUAUGAUCAGUUUUAGUGAAAAAUUAGUCUACUUCAGUAUAUGGUAAAAUGCUGUCAACUGUUUUAAAAACUGUAUUUGGUCAUGAUGAUUUUAAAAGCGAUAUUCAAAAACGUGCAACCACCGCUAUUUACAAAGGUAAAGAUGAUGUAUUUGUAUGUAUGCCAACUGGGGGUGGUAAAUCACUUUGUUUUCAACUGCCAGCCGUAAUGAAGGAAAAUAAAGUUACAAUAGUUUUUUCACCACUAUUAGCUCUUAUGAAGAAUCAAGUAGAUUCUUUAGUUAGCAAAAAGAUAAAUGCAAGUUCAUUAAAUUCGACAACAUCGACUAAAGAAAGAAAUGCAAUAAUAAAGGAUUUAUCAUCUACUUCGCCAAAGACCAAGUUGUUAUAUGUUACUCCAGAAAUGGGAGCACAGCAACAUUUUCAGGAUAUGAUAGUCAAAUUAAAAAAGGCAAAAGCAUUGGCUUAUUUUGUUAUUGAUGAAGCUCAUUGUUUAAGUCAAUGGGGUCAUGAUUUUAGGCCCAGUUAUAGACAGUUAGGAGUAUUUAAAAAAUUAUGUCCUAAUAUCCCUAUAGUUGCACUAACAGCUACUGCUGCUAAAGAGGUUAAAGAUGAUAUACUUCAAUGUUUAAACAUGAAAAAUCCCCUGAUAUUUUCAGUACCUGUAUUUCGACCUAAUCUUUAUUAUGAUAUGUGGUUCUUAGAAGCCUUAGAUAAGCCAUUCGAACACUUGAAGAAUUUUAUUUUAAAAGCUCUUGGUUCCCAAGAUACAUCUACCCCAAAAGACAAGAAAAAUUGUGGCAUUAUAUACUGUAGAAAAAAAGAAGCAACUGAAGUGAUUGCAAAUAAAAUAUCUAAGUUUGGCAUACCUACAUUAGCAUAUCAUGCUGGUCUGAAGAAUCAAGAACGUAACGAGGUUCAAAAUAAAUGGACAUGUGGUGAAGUACCUGUGAUUGCAGCAACAUGUAGUUUCGGAAUGGGUGUAGAUAAAGGAUCAGUUAGAUUUGUUGUGCAUUGGACAGUCCCUCAGAAUAUAGCAGCAUAUUAUCAAGAAUCUGGUAGAGCAGGCAGAGAUGGGAAACCAGCUUUCUGCAGAGUUUAUUUCAGCAAUGAAGAAUAUAGAUCUAUCGCAUUUCUUAUCAAAGAAGAAAUAACGCAAAAAAAUACAGAACUUGUGAAAUUAAGGUGGAAAAAUUUUGAGAAAACUGUUUCAUAUUGCCUUGAAGUAAAAUGUAGACACGCAGUAUUUUCUAAAUAUUUCGGAGACAGUCCACCACCAUGUAAGAACAGGUGUGAUGUAUGUGAAAAUAAGAAUGCUGUUCAGGCGAGGUUAUCGCAAUUUGAAAUGUGCCAAACCAGAUCAAAUAAAAGUCGCAGUAAUCUGGCUGGAAUAGCUUUACCAAAAUAUGAUGAUAUAGAAAAUGAAGGUAAUGAAAGGGAAAUUUCAAGAAACAAACUCUUAGCUGAAAGCAAACGGGAAUCAAAAGAAUUAAUUGAGAAGCAGUUUUCUAUUCGGAGAAUUAAUAAUAAAAAUGACGAGAUAAAGAAGCAGAACCUUGAAGAUGCCAAACAAUCACAUGUGUGUGCAGCUGAAAGUACUGAUGUAAAAAUUAAAGGUCUAACUGUUCAGGUGCGAGAACACUAUUACAUUCAGUUAAAAUCAGCAUUAACAGAUAAUUUUGAGAAAAUAUCUACGGAGUUAACGGAACAGUUGCAAGAGAAAGAUAUGCAUAAUAUAGCAUAUGAGCUUGAAUAUAAAGCUUUAUGUAACACUAUAGUUGCAAACAAGUACAAGUUCAAUAUGUCUAAGUUGAUUUCUUCUGUGCGAAAGUGUACCAGCAACAACACUGUUCAUGAAUACCUACGUGAUUACAAACCAAAUAAUAAACAGCAUGUAAAAUCAAACAGUUUUAAUGAACAAGUAGUAAGUAAUAGCAGUUUAGAGAAAGAGGAAAGUGUACCAAGUAAAUUUUGUGAUAAAGAUAUGCGCGUUCCUUCCCAAGACUUAAGUGCCGCAAACAAAAAUAUUUUAUAUCCUACAUUUAAGACCGCUUUAGAGAUGAAAAACAAUGAAGAAGUAAUGAAAUCAUCAUCUACUAAAAAUAAAAUUUGCUUAUUUGAUGCAAGUAUUUUAACAGAUGACAACAAUGACAUUUACACAACAGAAACGAAAGUAGAUCCCAAGAAAAGUCCCAUUUAUUAUAGUGAAAGUGUAGAUACUGGAAAGAAUAAAGUUAUUGAGGAAAACAAUAAAAAAUCUGAAGAUUCGCAGAAAUUUAAUGGUUUUAUGUGUGCUAGGAAGCUUCAUGAAGAAAAUAAAAUAAUGUUAAAACUUCAGGACAAAAAGUCACGAAAGUCUCCGCAAGAAGCAAAGAGACAGUCGAAAAAUAAAAAAACAUCACGUGCUACUGCAACGGUCUAUGAGCAGAUUAUAAAAUCUGCCAAAUCAAAAACUAAUGAUAUAGAGACAGGGUUAAUCUGUAACGAAUCAAGUUCAACAAAUAACAAAAGUAAUGAGAAUAUGAAUGUUACUAACGACAUGACAGAAUCAAAAUUUAAUAAAAGACGGAAAGUUAUAGAUUUAUUUGACAACAGUGCAGACAGUCAAACAAAUAAAAGAGUGAAGCUUGAUCAAGAAAAAUUAUCUGUGGCGAAUUGUGAGAUAACUACUAAUAUUAAUUGUGAAACAAAUGACAUUAUUGAUAUUAGUAUAAUCAAAACUGUUGCAGAUACGAAAAAAGAUGAAAAUGAAGUUAUAAGUGAUAGAAUAGAAUUAUUGACUAUGAAAAAUGUAGAUAAAAAGGUAUCAAAUGACGAGCAUUUAGUAACCGAAAAUUUAGAAAGAAGAAAAUCUCGUGAUGUGGAACAUCAUAAAUCAAAACGUGUAAAACAUUCGUCUAAUAAAAAAGAUAAAAUAAUGGUACCGGCAGAUAAGGCAACACAAUUUAAAACUGCAGAAAUUUUGAAAUCAUAUUUGAUGAAAUAUUAUCCAUCCAAACGUAUUCCCGAUAGAUCGUCGUUUUCGAAAACUUGUAGGGAAAUGCAUUAUACUUUGCUAGGUCAAAAAAUAUUCGAUAAAACGGGAAUACAUCGAUUUGUUACAAAAUAUAUGUCACAGGAUUAAUGUUUGCAUCAAAAGUGUUUAAUAGAAUCAGUACAGCCUGAAAAGAAUUGAUCUACAAUUGUAUAUGUGUAUAUAUAUAAUAUAUAUAUAUUUAUACAAAUAUAGAAUUCAUUAUUUAUGUAUUGUAUUUAUAUCACGAAUCACGUAGAUAUUUUAUGUAUAUAAAUGUCAAUUAAUUAUAUUUCAAUUUAAUAAAUCUUAAGGAAAAAUUUUAAUUUUCUGAGGUACAUUUCUUAGAAACUGCUCCAAUUUUUUACAUUUGUUUC